AUGGAUUUGCCAUCUAACCAGCUUCUUAUAGAGAUUAGAGCAGAGUUGAGGGAGUCAGCCUCGCAAUUGUCACGAUUAAAGCUUUACAAUUCUUCUAAAUGGUCAGCAGAAGCGCUAUGGGGGAUGUGUGAAAUUGAGCCAACACCUAUUGUGUCAGACUUGAUGAAGAACGACGAAUCUCCAUUGAGAAGCAGAAGCAAUGCAAACGCUAUCGAAUCCCAGCGCUCGCCGGAAAAACAGGGCCCGGGUAUGGACAGUUCGGAAUACAACUUGUAUUUGCUGGCAUCGAGCUUAUUUGAUUGUAAGGAAUUUGAUAGAUGCGCAUUUUUCUUAGCAGACAGCCAGCAUCCAGAGCUUCUGUUUCUCAAACUAUACAGCAAAUAUCUGUCGUGGGAUAAGAAAACCCAGGAGAGCGUGGAAAGCAUGCUGACAGCGGGGGACGUCAAGGGUGUCGACGGCAUGAGCAGCUCUGGCGACGGUAACAGGAGUAGAGAUAACAUAGAAAGGCUUCGAAACCAUGAGGCUGGCGAUGGCAGAGCGCUGAAGAAGUUCCAGAAGUCGGUAGAUCUCGACAAUGGCGAGUCCACAAGCGUGCCCACAAUUUUGAAGGAACUCAAUGAUUACUUAUCAAAAGAUCAAGAAGGAGACGAAAGCGCUGGAAUAGGAGUUGCUUUGCUUCACUACUUGCGGGGGUUGCUAUACAAAUUACAAGAUAUUCCUUCUAAUGCAAUAAGUUCGUUUCUGUACUCGCUGUCCCUUUUCCCUUACAAUUGGACCUGUUGGACUGAGCUCAUAAGCUGCAUUUCACGCUCAGACGAAUCGUUGUUGCUUUUGAAGGUACUGAAUGAGAAGUUCAUAUCUGAGAAGUCUCAAAUCAUGCUCAAGUUCUUCAAGUUAUCAGUGUUCCAGGAAUUCAACGGAAACAUUGACGAUUUCAUUCAAGAACUGGACUACCUUUUAUCGAUAUUUCCCAACUUUGCAUUUCUCAAGACCCAGCAUGCACUCAUCAAUUAUCAUUACAUGGAUUACGUGAGUGCCGGGCUCAUUUUUGACCAGAUCAUUAAGUUAGAUCCCUAUCGCCUAGAGGACAUGGAUACUUAUUCGAACAUUCUAUACGUGAUGCAGAAAACCUCGAAACUAGCAUAUCUUGCACAGUUUGCAUCGGGUGUUGACAGGUUUCGAGCGGAGACCUGCUGUAUUAUCGCGAAUUAUUACAGUGCUAAACAAGAACAUGAGAAGUCAAUCAUGUACUUUCGCCGCGCCCUAACGCUUAACAAAAAUAGCACCAGUGCUUGGACUUUGAUGGGACAUGAAUUUGUCGAAUUAAAAAACUCUCAUGCGGCUAUCGAAUGCUAUCGACGCGCUGUGGAUAUUAACCCCAGGGAUUUCAAAGCGUGGUACGGUUUGGGUCAGGCCUACGAGGUCCUGGACAUGCAUUUGUACUCGCUGUACUAUUUCCAGCGCUCAUGCGCACUUAAGCCCCUAGACAAGCGUAUGUGGCAGGCCUUGGCAAGCUGUUACGAAAAGGUCGAUAGUACCGAUGAGUCCAUUAAAUGUUAUUCAAGAGCGCUUCAACUGUCUCUGAAUAGCGACCAGGACACCUCAAUUCUUUUUAGACUGGCAGUUCUGCACGAACAACUACAGGAUAUUGCUAGCUGCAAGACAUAUAUGGUGAAAUGCGUAGAAGCACAUCAAAACACAGAUGGUCUCAUAAGUGACGAGAUUACGAAGGCAAGUUUAUGGCUGGCAAGACAUGAAGCAAAGCACAAAAGAUUCAGCGAAGCGUACAAAUACGCUUUAGGCGUAACACACGGGACCUCUCAGGAAAUUGAAGAAGCUCGUGCAAUAGCUCGAGAGUGUAGAAGGCGAAUGGAAUAA